GUAUUGCCAGUGUGAAGGGACUGGCAAACUAUGGAUCCCAUGCCUCAUCGCGAAAGGCCAAGAAGCAAACCCAUCCAAGAAAUCAGGGGUCUACAUGCUCAUCACGAACGCCAGCGAGGCAAGUCACCCCGGGGAUUCAAGGUCAAGCUAGAGCUGCAGCUACAUUCGUCAUUUGUUGAGUGGUCUCGACUCUCAGGGAGGCAAGGGUCCAUCUUGCCAAAGUUUUGUCUGGUCUGAAACACGACGACCGACCAAGACAAUCCUGCUAUGCGCAAUGUUCUUACUCAACAACAAUUGAUGCCUUAGCGGGCCUGAGCCACGGCUGUCUAAUUGUCAGCUGACGUCUUUCCCACACAAGUCCACGUCAGCAGAAUGACAAUGCAAGCCUUCCCUGAAGCCGCCUUCAAUUCUGCAUGCUCUUCUUGGUUGCCCAUCUUCCACUUGGCAUACUGCACUGCAAGAGUCUUUUAUGAUUGGCGACUUAUAUGACGCUUGUCUGACACACAAAGUCAAAUUGGAAACAGGGGAAGCUUGGCACAUUUUGUUUCAGGCUCAUGUAUAUACCUUGACUGGUCAUCUUGCACAGACUCUCCACAUCAUGAAUACUCUCUGGAGCGCAGAAAUUGCGCAAGGACAAAGCGCAAAGUCGCGCAGCAAGGGUCGCAAGAAGCUGCUCAAAAGCUUGUUUACAGAAUCGGAUCUUCCCGGGCAAGGGUACGACGACUCACGACAUCGCCAUCGUUUUGGAGAGACUGUAUAUCAGCCUGCUGAAGUUCAGGGAUAUGAACAUGCCUAUGCUGCGCCGCAGCCAAUAUCAAAGAUGGCAGGCGAGGUCCGCCCGCCUCCACAAGCGUCAGCACCCAUGUCAGCUCCACCUCCCGCUGUCGCUCCGAGGCCGGUCUACGCGGAUGCUCAAAACCACCCUGCGGCUCCUCAUCGGACUUCACGAGAUUCGCUCGACCACAUUGCACAACUAGUCAUUCAAAAAGCUCAACUUGAGCAAGAUAUCAAGUCCAGGGAGUCUAAAUAUGAAACGCUUCUGAGGGAAUCUCAGGAUUUGACCAAGAAGAUGCGAGUUGAACGUGAUGCUGCGCUGCUGGAGCUCAGAAAAACGCCAGAGCAUACGUGCGGCAGUACGUCACGAGAAUCACGUUCUCGUCAUUGUUCUUGCAGAAAGCACCGGCGACGAUCCACACGAGAGAGAGACACUUCUGACGACACUCAACAGCAUCGUACAAGUCACGCAGGCCAGCAUGAUGUCCGCCAUCUGGAUCAUAACAGGCCUCACUUUGAAACGCACGAAUCGGUGACGCGCGUCCAAUCACGAUUUGAGGGUUCAGUGCCUAAAAGGGAGCGUCAAACUCGAGCACAUGAGCCGCACUUACCUCAUGAGGAUAGUCAUUUCCAAGAAGGAUUCAGUCAACUUGAAUUGCUCAUUAAGCAGUUCGUGCUACUACACUUGAAGGCUCAGCCAGAUUCUUUGCCUGGACCCCCUGCAGCCCUGGAUCCCGCUCUUGCAUUGUAUGCCGACCGACAUGGACUGAGGCAUGCAACUAUCUUCGGCAUUCGCGAUAUCCGAUGCAUUGUAUUGCGAGGUUAUCUGAUGCAUGUCAUGCUUGAGCGCGUUUUUCGUUGCUUCUUGUUUGGCCUCACACCUGGCGUUCAGCAGUCUUUACUGGAUGCAUACAAGGAUAUGAUGCGCGCCUAUCCCCAUGAUGUUUCAAAGGCAUCCCGUUGGGCUGCUGGAACAGCCGCAGGCUUCAUCUCCUCAGCUGGUGCCGAUGGUGGAGCAUAUGACCCUGAAGCUGCGACGCUUAGACUCGCCGAGACACUUCACAGUCAGCUUCGACCACUCCUUGCACAAAUCUAUGAUGACCCAGUGUACCCAGUCGACAAUCAAGGCAGGCACGAUGAUGUGGACUUUGGGCAUCGCAUCUUACGAGAAAAGGUGCUUGACGGGCUGCAAGGAAUCAUUCGCAGUGCUAUGGGCAUCGCACAAGACUGCAGAUUGGAUAGCGCCUCAUUUGUCAUUGAGUUGCCUGUGCAUCUUGCGCAGUUUGACGACCAUCGGAUGUGGGCAUCUGAAGGACAGCAUGGACCGGUCGCUGUGGCAUAUGCUCCCAUUGUCUUGAAGAAGCCUGCCUUGAGCGCUCAUGAUGCGCAAGAUCCAAUCCACGACCAAGAACAGCAUGACAGCCGCGGAUACCUGUUGUGCCGUGGCAGAGUGUGGCGAACGAGCAUCUUGAGUGACGUCCAGAACCUUUCUACAGAUUAUAACAGGGACUACAGAUAG